GUCAAAAUGGUGAACAUGGCGGAAGGAAAGGUAAUUUCGAAGCAAUAAAACUACCUUUUUAUCGCCUAAAAUGUCAUUUUAAUAUGUUUUGUAUUUCACACGUUUCACUAAUAUGUAUCCUUGUAUUUAAAUUAAGGUUGAAAUAACAGAGGGAUGCCACGUUCCCGUUUUAUUACCAAAUGGAGAUGGGUGGCGUAAGUAUAAAAUCUUUUCUUUAGUUCUCUCCCUUUGUUAUUUCUUUUGUUGCCUGAUUAUUCCAAGGUUUCUGUUUGAAAUUAAAAUAGCUUCUAGGUUAAAAAAAAAUAAUAAUAAAAUGACCAUGAUAAUGAUAAACAUUUAAAAAAAAAAAAAUUACUCAAUAUAAUAUUUAACUAAUUUAGGUCUAAAUAUAAGCUUAUUAAAUUUAAUUCAUUUUUAUUUAUACUUGUUUUUAAUUUAUUUAUCAAAUUACUUACUAGUACUAUCUAGUAUUAUUAUAAAAAGUAAAGUAUAAUUAUCAUAAUAUUAUGAUUAUAUGAUUACUUAUUAAGUCAAAAUUAUGUAUAGGCCCACCAAUAUAUGUUUAUUGACUAUUAGCAUUUACUCGUAGUCAUCUUUUGGCAUACUCCACAUAGCCAAAGCCAUAUAUGUAAAAUGUUCAUAUAAUUUAUUUAAUUAAAAAAACUAGAAUGAUAAUUUAAAUUUAUGUGACUUACUUGGAAGUAAUGAGAAUGAAAGGGUGGGGAGAGAGGAUUAAGUUAACUCUAGUAGAGAAACAUAUGUGUCUUCAUGUGCUGGAUAGUUAGUAACAAACAAAUAGACAAAUAGUUUGUGGGUUUAAAAAUCAAAUAAAUGAGCAUUUAGUUUAAAAAAGACAUUUUGAAAAUUGAAAACCUUUUAUCAUUACCGGUAUCAUAAAAAAUUGAUCUUGUUAGACUCGAUUUCUAUAUGCUAAUCCUAUAUAAUAUAUAAGAAUUAAAUUCUGUGAGAAGAGAUAUGGCCCUUUAUAUUUCUCAUCAACAAAAUUUAAAUAUUAUAAAAUUUCUAUUAUUUUUAUGUGUGAUUAUUUCAGAUUCUGCUGAAGUACUUAGCAUCAAAGACAAUGGAAAUAUUGGAAGACCUCUUUACUAUAUACACUAUGAAGAUUGUAAGUUUUCUGUAACAUUAUUAAAAAUACGUUACAAAGUUUUAAACAGCCUUUCCCCAUAUCAUAAAUAUUAUAGAAAUAUUUGUAACUAACUGCUGUAAUAAAAUUGAUAAGUUCAUUACUUAAAUAAAAAUGCAUUCAUAAUUGAAACAACAGAAAUGCUUAAUAUUAUUUUUCAGACAAUAAACGUCUUGAUGAAUGGGUUCCAUUGGAACGUAUGGAUCUUUCAAAGCUGGAGCAACCCAAAAAAGAUGUCAAAACACCUGUUAAAAAAACUGAGGGCAAUGCUACAGUUGUAGCCUCUAGGGUGGUUAAUGGUGGAUCUAGACCAGGGAGUCCAGAAAGAGAAAUAGUGAGUUAUUGCUUUUUACAACUAUUUUUAUAGUAAAAAAUGGUUAUAUAAACAAUAAAUACUAUCAUAAAUUUUAGAUAAUGUGAACCUUACAUAUAGCUUGACAUACUCCAUAUUAUCAAAUGUUAUGUCGCUUAUUAUCCCUCUUUCAGUAUGAAAAUGGCACAAUGCAAAGCCUUGGUCUCAGCAAUUCUGGAGCCAUGAAAGUGCACAUAGGUGGUGGCAGUGGUGCAUUUUCCAAUCGCAAACGGAAACUACCAGAGAAUGAAGAUGUAAGUAUCAUUGUUAAUUGUUUUCAAUAUUUAUUUAGCUGGGGUAGGUUAGCGCUGAAGAGGUAUAUGUUUUUUCGUUUUAAAAAAAAGUUCAUAACAUGAAUACUUCAACAAUUAAAAACAUUGAUUCUUUCAGAAUCAUUUAGUAACUUAUCCAUUUUAAAGGCCACUUAAAAUUUUUUUGUUUCAGCCUGAUUCCCAAGAUGUGCCCACAGCACCAAGGCAGACUGGCAGCAUGGUAGCUCAUCAUGAUGAUAUUAUCACUAGAAUGAAAAACAUUAACCUUAUAGAAUUUGGUCGAUGGCGAAUAAAACCAUGGUAUUUUUCCCCAUACCCUCAGGUAAUGGUCUCUCGGGUAAGAAAUAUUUUAUAAUUUAAUCAGAUUCACUCAUUUCAUUAUUGUUUCAUAAACAAAUAUCUUGCAGCCAUAAAUACAUUUCUGUUCUUAUAAAAUUCAUGCUUGCCUUACAUCAAUGUACUGUUGCUUGUAUCGUUAAUAGCUAAAUAAUAUGGAAUUUAUUUGUGUUUCUUGUCAGAAUAUGUUUCAAAAUACCACCAUCAAGGGAUGGUCUCAAUUACUUAAGGUCCCAUUCAGUUCUCUUCUAUUUGCAAAAGUGUCUUAUCAAUAUUUUAUGUUAUCAUAGGAUUAAUGCAUUAUUCUUUAAUUUAACUGUUUGACUUGUUCCCAUUAAAAAGUUAACUUAAUCUUGAUUCUCUAAUGUGUCUUUUCAGGAGUUGACAUCAUUACCGAUCUUGUAUAUUUGUGAAUAUUGCCUGAAAUAUUUAAAAAGUGCAAAAUGUCUUGAAAGACAUCUGGUAAGUAGGAAUUUAAACAAGAAAACAUUAGAAAAUAUCAGUUGUGUUUUAUAAUCUUUUAUAAUUCUAUAUCUUAAUCUGAUUCUGAAAUUUUAUAAAAUGUUCCCCAGGCAAAGUGUUUGUACAAGCAUCCACCUGGAAAUGAAAUUUAUAGGAAAGACAAAAUAUCAGUCUUUGAAAUAGAUGGCAGAAAAAACAAGGUGGUUAUUGUGUUUAUGAUUUCUUUACUGAGGAAUUGAAGGCUAUUAGCUAUUCAUGUGUCUUUUUUUUUUUUUUUUUAAAUGUCCCUUUGGUCAAUAAGACAUUUGAAAAUAAUUACCAAUUAACUGUUCAGGAUACUUAAUUUUAAAUAGAAACUUGAACCAAAGACAAAAUAUCAGUCUUUGAAAUAGAUGGCAGAAAAAACAAGGUGGUUAUUGUGUUUAUGAUUUCUUUACUGAGGAAUUGAAGGCUAUUAGCUAUUCAUGUGUCUUUUUUUUUUUUUUUUAAAUGUCCCUUUGGUCAAUAAGACAUUUGAAAAUAAUUACCAAUUAACUGUUCAGGAUACUUAAUUUUAAAUAGAAACUUGAACCAGACUAUUUUUAAGUGACUAUUAUUUAGCUUCUUUGUUAUAUUUGUUCAUUUGUCCUGUUUCUUCUUUUUGUUUUUAGCAAUAUGCCCAGCAUUUAUGUUUGCUAGCAAAACUAUUUCUGGACCACAAGACCCUCUACUUUGACACAGAUCCUUUUCUUUUCUACUGUAUGUGUGAGCAAGAUCUUAGAGGGUAUCAUUUAGUAGGAUUUUUUUCAAAGGUCUGUUUUUUUUCUAUUUUUGAUACUAUUUAGGGAACAAUUAUUAAAGUUUUAUAAAAAUUGUAAUUCUGCUUAUAUCGUAACUAAUAAUUAGUAAUAGUAAAAGACUUGAGUUGAAGCACGGCCAUCUAUAAUUUUAUGUAAAUUAAAUAUUUUCAAGAGAAAUUCUGUUACUAUUUGUAAAAAGCUAUCUCAUUAUUUUAUUUUAAUUCUAAAUAAUUUCCAUGCAAAGUAUGGUCGUGAUGGUAUGAUUUUUUUUCUUCCAAUCAUACCGUUACCUACUUUGCAAUUUUUUUUCAAAUUUCCUUUCCACUUUUAAAAUUAACAUCACAUUUUAUUUACUCAGGAAAAAGAAUCAGCAGAAGAUUUCAAUGUUGCUUGUAUAUUGACACUACCUCCUUAUCAACGUAAAGGCUAUGGAAAGCUCUUAAUUGAAUUUAGUAAGUAGGAAGAAAAAUAUUGUGAGCCUAUUUCAAUUAGACUAGGUAUGUUUGAAAUUUUGUGAUAUGGAAAUAAUUUCUACAAAAAAAAAACAUUUCUUAAAAUUAUUUCUGGAUGUAUUUUAGUUCCCAUCUCUUAACUCUUCCUCGAGAUGCACCAUUCGGGGUAUGACGACGGAAUGCGUCCCGGGGCAUAGUGACACACCUCUCUGUUUUAUUUAAAAAUAGCAACAAAACUCUGCAUCCCUUGAGAUUUCAGGCGAUCUUGCAUGAUUUCAAUUUAAGAAACUGAAGUUUUUAUCUUGUUUCACUUUUACUUUUAAUCUAUAUGAUCUAAAGUAUGGUGCGUCAAUAUAUAAGCAUGUGUUCAUCCAAUGUGCCAAAUAUAGAUUUUUUGGACAUUGCUUGUUCGCCAUUAAUAAAAUAUUAUAUUUUUAAUAAACUUAAUUCAUUUAUGGAUUUAUUUAGCCUUUUUCAUUAAUAUUAACUAAAAAAAAUAUUUUGCAAAUCUAAAUCAAUUGCAAAACAGAGUUGUUUCCCUUUUCAAAAAUAUUAAUUAAGUAGGGUAGUAGCACUGCUGUCAAGAAUGAGUUAACCCUUUUCACUCCAAACAGACUCUACAUAUUUACUCCAUUCCUUUCAGCCAAGGAAAGGAAAAUAAGACACUGCUGCAUAAUUGUAUUAAAUAUAUCUUAUAAAACAACAGUACUGGUUGUCAAAAUAUUUAUUGAAAUGUAUUGUAGAAUAAAUGUUACUAUAAUCAUAAUACAUUUUCAUAAAGGGUGGAAAUCUCUAUUAUAAUUUUUUUUAAACAGUCAAAUAGUUUUCUUAUCAGCAGUGUAUGGUAAACAAUGCCAAUAUGGGGGGCCCAAUACAGGAAACUCCCAAACAAAAUCAAAUUUUUAAGUAAAGCAAAUGAAUAAUUAAUAUUGGUUUCUAUAUACAAUUUCUUUAUUUCCUAACCAGGUUAUGAAUUAUCAAAGGUAGAAGGAAAAACAGGAUCUCCGGAAAAACCUUUGUCUGACUUGGGGCUGUUGUCGUAUCGAAGUUACUGGUCCCAGACUAUUUUAGAAAUUUUGCUCAAUCUCAAACCAAAUGAAUCUGGAGAAAGACCAUGUAUUACAAUCAAGUGAGUGUUUGUGUUAAUUUUAGAUUUACAAUUUCAAAUUUAAUUCGUUUUCUAAACAAUUUUAAUUUGUAUGAUUGAUCAAAAUGCUAAUUAUGAAUAAAAAGAUUGACUUCUACUUUAAGUAUCUUUUUUUUAAAAAUGUGUCAGUAAUGGUAAUUUUUAAAAAAUGUGUAACAUUCCUUUUUAUGUUUACAGUGAGAUAUCUGAAUUGACUAGUAUUAAAAAAGAUGAUGUCAUAUCAACACUGCAGCACUUGAAUCUCAUAAACUACUACAAAGGCCAAUAUAUAAUCACCCUCUCUGAUGAACAAAUACAAACACAAGAGAGGGCUAUGGCUAAAAGACCAAUUCGUAUUGAUCCGAAGUGUCUUCACUGGCAGCCAAAAGACUGGAGUAAACGAGGGAAAUGGUAGCAUGCACACAUAUCGCAUAAUAACAUUGAUGUAUGUCCGGGUACAAAAUGCAAAACUGUGUGUAAAAUUACUCUGAACUAAUAUUACAAGGCUUUAGAAAUAGUUUCACCUGGGAAAUAAGUUAAGAUUUAUAUUUAAGCAGUAGUUCAAAGUAGAACAGCACAAGUCACAAGAAUCAUUUGAGGAUUUAAAAGUGGAGGACUAAGUAAAUAUCAAUAGCAUUUCUUAAGAAAAUAAUCAAUUUCAGUGUUCAGAUGUGUUAUUGAAAACAUGUAAUACCGUAUUUUAAGAAUUUUAAAAUGUUUUAAAUGAAAUCUGAAAGGCGCAAAAAAAUAUAUGCUAAAGCCAUGGUUCCAUAACAUUUUUUAACAGGUCUUCACUUUAUUAAAGAGCAUUUGCAAAUGCUUUCAAAAACUUACCUAUACCGGUACUAAUAAAUGAUUGUAGAGGUUGAAGAAGAAUGUUUAUUUAGGCGUUAUUGUUUAGAACAGGCCUGCACAACUCACAAUGUAAGGCGGGCUGUAAUACAUUAUGAAAAACUUGUGCGGGCCAAAAGAAAAUAGGUCAGGACUUGCGCUGGCCAAAAGAAUAUAGGUGAGGGAAGGAGCUAUUAAGAAAAUAAUAAGAAUAAAGAUUUUUUGUUACCUUGCGGGCCACAAAGUGGUUGCUGGCGUGCCACUUAGGCAUUAUUGUUUAGAACAGGCCUGCAUAACUCACAAUGUAAGGCAGGCCGUAAUACAUUAUGGAAAAACUUGUGAGGGCCAAAAGAAAAUAGGUCAGGACUUGCACGGGCCAAAAGAAUAUAGGUGAGGGAGGGAGCUAUUAAGAAAAUAAUAAGAAUAAAGAGUCUUUUGUUACCUCGCGGGCCACAAAGUGGUUGCUGGCGGGCCACAUGUGGCACGCGGGCCGUAUGUUGUGCAGGCCUGGUUUAGAAUGAGAGAAUUUUUUAUUGAAGCAUCAGUUAAAACCAUUUCUAGUUAUUUGAUGAAUGUCUUCAUUCUCCCUUUUAUUGAUUGAGCCAAAAAUAUGUCCAUUGUUGUCUAUUUUCUAAAAGCAGCCCAACACCUCAUCAUUGAAUAAUUAUAUUUUAUUGAUUAACAAAUCAUUGGCAAUUUUCAGGUGCCCUUUCUUGACAAAACAUUUUUGCCUAAUGGAACAAUUCCUUUAAGUCAUAAGUUGGGGUGAUACUGUUCCUUUAUGAUACCUCCUCUCAUGUAUUUUCCUGCUUCCUGUUCUUUAGGAGGAUCUAAUAGUUCUGUGACAAAAAACCUGGCUGAUUGCACUGGGAGGGGAUAACAUUGUGGUGACAAGCUUUUCAUUCAAAAAAUUGAAUUACAAGCCUAAAUUUCUUCUUUUUUGCAGAAAAACCUUUGACCCAAUGUUUUUAAAAAAUAUGGGGUUCCUUGCUCAAGACAUUUGGAUUCCAUGAAUCAAUUUUUUCUGGUGACAGUCAUAGAAACUGCUAAUUGAAACUAUCUUUCAGUUUCCCAUAAGAUAUAAAUGAUAAACAGUUAAAUAAAAGCAAAAAUCUACUCACCUUGACUAUUGGGUACUUUGCAAGGUGAUGUUAUAAUUCUUGCAAGUGAAGGCUGAUUUUAUGUUCCUAAUUUGUUUGUAGUUAGGAUUUAGUAAUCAUAAUUUUUUUUAAAAUCAUCCAUUUUAUCAUUUAUUAAAUUUUUAAAAAAAUCCACAUUAACAAUCUCUUAAGUCUCAAUUAGGGAACCAUUUUACCAAAUGCAAAAGAAAAUAAUAUAUACUUCUUGUUAAAGAUGUAAAUUCUUGAGAAGUGCAGUACUUAUAAAGCAUGAAAAACAGGAGUAAAGGACAAUAACUAUUUGAUGCUAAUUGUUAUAUUGCUAAGUAAAAUCUAAUUGAACUAUUAGUGUGUGUGAAUCUCAAAAUAGUUUUGAGACAUAAGGUAGGAAAAUCCGCUUCCUGCAGUCUAAAAGAAUGUGCAAUAGGUUUUUUUUAAUAUAAAUUAGGAAAAUAUAAUUUGUUAAAUUAUUAAGAUUACCUUGGGUAAAAUAUGUUGCAAUAUUCAUAAAACUGAAUAUACUGCAGUCCUGGUUUUAUUCUUUGUAUCAUGUGACUAGGUUUUAAAGUAGCCAAAGUUGCUAAAUAAGAUCCUCAUAAAAUUCCAUUGCUAGAAUUUAUUUUCCAAUGUUUUAUUACAUUUUUUGAAAAAAUAAGUAAUCAAUAUAUUUACAAAUUUCAAUUCAAAGCCUAUCUAAUAUGGGCUUCAAAACAUAAAAAUAAAGAGCCUAAUUAAGAGUACAUGAUUAUAUUCAAUGGUCUGACUUUUGAAUGCUUAAUUGGUAAAAAAAAUAAAUUAAUAAUAAUUCAUUUUUACUCAAUUUCUGCAGAGGAUAAGUAUUCAGUUUUGUUGUAAAAAUUGAAAUUAGCUUUUCAUGCUUGUGCAAAACAAUGUUAAAAUUUGUAUUGCUUCAAGACAUCUAUGUUGUAUCAUAUUUUCUAUGUUUAUAAUUAACUUUGUACAUAUGUAAAUAAAUGCAG